UCCGGCUCACACAAACCAAGGCUCGUGCAAGGCAAUUUACGUACUACUUACUUUCUUACUGUCGUACUUUUAAUACACAUACAUUUCCUGUUGAUUCGUUGUAGAAUGUGGACACUAAACGGCGUCGAGUGGCCUCAAAGAAGAGGGAGAUGAUAUGGCGUUCACUGUCAUGGUUCGAAGACACCGGGGGGCACAAUAUGCCAGCAGCACCAGAGCCCCUCCCCCUGGUGAUACGCCGGCCCUCUGGUCAGAAAACCCCUCCCAGCCCGAGUCCUGCCCCCAGACCGGCACUAUCUCCUGGCAGGCCGAGGUCCAUGCUGCUCGUAACUCCCAGGGCGACGUCUCCCAGAGCAUGAGCGCCCGCAACUCUGUCCCUGGGGCCACGCCUGCACCGGUCGGCUCGUUGUCACAGAGGAAGAGGCAACAGUACGCCAAGAGCAAGAAGCAGGGCGGCUCCACCAACAGCAGGCCGCCCAGGGCCCUGUUCUGCCUCACCCUCAACAAUCCCAUCCGCAGAGCCUGCAUCAGCCUUGUGGAGUGGAAACCGUUUGAUAUCUUUAUACUGCUCUCUAUUUUUGCCAACUGUGUGGCCUUAGCUGUUUACAUCCCCUUCCCUGAGGACGACUCCAACUCCACCAACCACGACCUGGAAACAGUAGAAUAUGCCUUCCUGAUCAUCUUUACGAUAGAGACCUUUCUGAAGAUCAUAGCGUAUGGUUUAGUCAUGCAUCAGAACUCCUACGUAAGGAAUGGCUGGAACAUGCUAGAUUUUGUCAUUGUCAUAGUAGGGUUGUUCAGUGUAGUUCUGGAGGUGAUAACCAAAGAGGGUGAUGCGGGGGCUCAGGGGGGUAAACCAGGAGGCUUUGACGUCAAGGCCCUCCGAGCAUUCCGUGUGCUUCGCCCCCUCCGUCUUGUCUCAGGAGUACCCAGUUUACAGGUAGUGUUGAACGCCAUCAUUAAAGCCAUGGUUCCUCUGCUCCACAUCGCUCUGCUAGUCCUCUUCGUCAUCAUCAUCUAUGCCAUCAUCGGCCUGGAACUCUUCAUCGGCAAGAUGCACGCCACUUGCUACCUGGUGGGCACCGGCAUUCUGGCAGAGGAGGAGCCUGUUCCGUGUGCAAUGUCAGGCCAUGGGCGCCAGUGCAUGAUGAAUGGGACUGUGUGUAGAGAGGGAUGGCAUGGCCCCAACGGUGGCAUCACCAACUUUGACAACUUCCUGUUUGCCAUGCUUACUGUUUUCCAGUGUAUCACCAUGGAGGGCUGGACUGAUGUUCUCUACUGGAUGAAUGAUGCCAUGGGCUUUGAGUUGCCCUGGGUUUACUUCGUCAGUCUAGUCAUCUUCGGCUCCUUCUUUGUUCUCAACCUAGUUCUGGGAGUUUUAAGCGGAGAGUUUUCCAAGGAGAGAGAGAAGGCCAAGGCUCGUGGAGACUUCCAGAAGCUGAGAGAGAAGCAGCAGCUGGAGGAGGAUCUGAAGGGCUACCUGGACUGGAUCACUCAGGCCGAGGACAUCGACCCUGAGAAUGACGAGGAGGGGGACGAGGAGUGGGGAAAACGCAUCCGCGUGACACUGGCUGACCUAACGGAGAAGAAGAAAGGGAAGUUUGGCUGGUUCAGCCAGUCCACAGAGACACAGGCAAGCAAGCCCGCCAGCGAGACAGAGUCUGUGAACACUGACAACCCCAACGGAGAGGACGAUAAGGCUAACUGCUGUGGACCACUCUGUCGGCGAUGGCGUCGCUGGAACCGGUUCUGCCGCAGGAAGUGUCGUGUUGCCGUGAAGUCAGUGUCUUUCUAUUGGCUGGUGAUCAUCCUGGUGUUUCUCAACACGCUCACCAUCUCGUCAGAGCACUACAACCAGCCUGACUGGCUCACGGAAGUACAGGAUGUGGCAAACAAGGUUCUGCUGGCUCUGUUUACGUGUGAGAUGCUGGUGAAGAUGUAUAGUCUGGGCCUGCAGGCCUACUUCGUGUCUCUGUUCAACCGCUUCGACUGCUUCGUGGUGUGUGGCGGCAUCGUGGAGACCAUCCUGGUGGAGCUGGCCAUCAUGUCUCCCCUGGGCAUCUCUGUGUUCCGUUGUGUUCGCCUGCUACGCAUCUUCAAGGUCACACGCCACUGGGCAUCUCUCAGUAACCUGGUGGCAUCGCUGCUCAACUCAAUGAAGUCCAUCGCCUCCCUCCUGCUCCUGCUCUUCCUCUUCAUCAUCAUCUUCUCUCUGUUGGGCAUGCAGCUCUUCGGCGGCAAGUUCAACUUCGACGAGACGAUAACUAAGAGGAGCACCUUCGACAACUUCCCCCAGGCACUACUCACAGUGUUUCAGAUCCUGACAGGCGAGGAUUGGAACGCUGUGAUGUAUGACGGCAUCAUGGCAUACGGUGGACCCUUCUCCUCAGGCAUGGUCGUCUGCAUCUACUUCAUCAUCCUCUUUGUCUGUGGAAACUACAUCCUGCUGAACGUCUUCUUGGCCAUCGCCGUUGACAACCUGGCAGAUGCAGAGAGCCUGAACUCAGCCCAAAAAGAGGAAGAGGAGGAGAAGGAGAGGAAGAAGAGUGCCAGAGAUGACACUGAUAAGAUGGAGGAGUUGAAACCUGAGGACCAGGAUGGGGAUCUCAAGGUUCCACUGGAGGAGGAAGAGGAGAAGGAGCCGUAUCCCACUCCAGACACUCCAGUUGGUGAUGAUGACAAUGAUGAUGAUAAUCUGCCAGAGGUUCCGGUUGGGCCACGCCCUCAAAGGCUGUCAGACCUCAGCAUCAAGGAGAAGACUCCGCCCAUCCCUGAGGGCAGUGCUUUCUUCAUCUUCAGCCACACUAACCCGGUCCGGGUGGCCUGCCACAAGCUGAUCAACCACCACAUCUUCACCAACCUCAUCCUGGUCUUCAUCAUGCUGAGCUCUGUGUCUCUGGCUGCUGAGGACCCCAUACGGAACUUCUCUGCACGCAACAUCAUACUUGGUUAUUUUGACUAUGCUUUCACGGCAAUCUUUACUGUUGAGAUCCUAUUGAAGAUCCUAGGCUAUGCAGAUUAUGUCUUCACUAGUAUAUUUACCUUUGAGAUCCUGUUGAAGAUGACAGCGUUUGGGGCUUUCCUCCAUAAAGGAGCCUUCUGCAGGAACUACUUCAACCUGCUGGACCUACUGGUGGUUGGAGUCUCUCUGGUGUCCUUUGGCAUUCAGUCAUCUGCCAUCUCUGUGGUGAAGAUCUUGCGUGUGUUGAGGGUGUUGCGGCCCCUGAGGGCCAUUAACAGAGCCAAGGGCCUCAAGCAUGUGGUCCAGUGUGUAUUUGUGGCCAUCAGGACCAUUGGCAACAUCAUGAUCGUCACCACGCUGCUACAGUUCAUGUUCGCCUGCAUAGGAGUGCAGCUAUUCAAGGGCAAGUUCUAUCGCUGCACAGACGAUGCCAAGUCCAGCCCAGAGGAAUGCAAAGGCACAUACAUCCUGUAUAAGGAUGGAGAUACAGCGUUGCCUGCAGUUAGGGAGAGGAUCUGGUACAACAGUGACUUCAACUUCGACAACGUCCUCAUGGCCAUGAUGGCUCUGUUCACCGUCUCUACAUUUGAAGGCUGGCCUGCUCUGCUGUACAAGGCCAUCGACUCCAACAGAGAGAAUAUGGGUCCCAUCUACAACUACCGCGUGGAGAUCUCCAUCUUCUUCAUCAUCUACAUCAUCAUCAUCGCCUUCUUCAUGAUGAACAUCUUUGUCGGUUUCGUCAUCGUCACCUUCCAGGAGCAGGGAGAGAAAGAGUACAAGAACUGUGAGCUGGACAAGAACCAGCGUCAGUGUGUGGAGUAUGCUCUGAAGGCUCGUCCACUGAGAAGGUACAUCCCUAAGAACCCCUACCAGUAUAAGUUCUGGUAUGUGGUCAACUCCACAGGCUUUGAGUACGUCAUGUUCGUCCUCAUCAUCCUCAACACACUGUGUCUGGCCAUCCAGCACUAUGGCCAGUCUCACCUGUUCAACUAUGCCAUGGACAUCCUCAACAUGGUCUUCACUGGCGUAUUCACUGUGGAGAUGAUCUUUAAACUCAUCGCCUUCAAACCCAGGGGGUAUUUUGGGGAUGCCUGGAACGUCUUCGAUGCCCUGGUGGUGAUCGGCAGUGUAGUAGACAUCAUUCUCACUCAGGUAGACGCCAUCCCAGUGGUGAAGGUGAUUGUGGACCCAGGGAACACUGAGGACAGCGCUCGCAUCUCCAUCACAUUCUUCCGUCUGUUUCGAGUCAUGCGAUUGGUCAAGCUGCUCAGCAGAGGGGAGGGCAUCCGAACGCUCCUGUGGACCUUCAUUAAGUCCUUCCAGGCUCUUCCCUAUGUUGCCCUUCUGAUAGCCAUGUUAUUCUUCAUCUAUGCUGUUAUUGGAAUGCAGGUGUUUGGAAAGAUUGCCUUGGUAGGCCACACACAGAUUAACCGAAACAACAACUUCCAGACCUUUCCUCAAGCUGUCCUGAUGCUCUUCAGGUGUGCUACAGGUGAGGCGUGGCAGGAGAUCAUGCUGGCAUGUCUGCCAGGGAAGCUGUGUGACUCGGAGUCAGACUACAACCCUGGAGAGGAGAGAACCUGUGGCAGCGGAUUCGCCAUCAUCUACUUCAUCAGCUUCUACAUGCUCUGCGCCUUCCUGAUCAUCAACUUGUUUGUUGCAGUCAUCAUGGAUAACUUUGACUAUCUGACACGUGAUUGGUCCAUUCUGGGCCCUCACCACCUGGAUGAGUUUAAAAGGAUCUGGUCUGAGUACGACCCUGAGGCCAAGGGCAGGAUAAAGCAUCUGGAUGUGGUGACCUUGCUGAGACGCAUCCAGCCCCCUCUAGGCUUCGGCAAGCUGUGUCCACACAGAGUGGCCUGCAAGAGACUGGUUGCAAUGAACAUGCCCCUGAACAGUGAUGGCACAGUCAUGUUCAAUGCCACUCUGUUUGCCUUGGUGAGGACCGCUCUGAAGAUCAAAACUGAAGGCAACUUGGAACAGGCCAAUGAGGAGUUGCGAGCGGUCAUCAAGAAGAUCUGGAAGAGGACCAGCAUGAAGCUGCUGGACCAAGUGGUGCCCCCUGCAGGCGAUGAUGAGGUAACCGUGGGGAAGUUCUAUGCCACCUUCCUGAUACAGGACUACUUCAGGAAAUUCAAGAAACGCAAAGAGCAAGGCCUGGUGGGAAGACACUCAUUCUCCAGCCUGAACUCCACCAUCGCCCUCCAGGCUGGCCUCCGCACACUGCAUGAUAUUGGGCCCGAAAUUCGCCGAGUCAUAUCAUGUGACCUGCAAGACGAGGGCCUUGUAGACAUGAAUGCAGAAGAAGAUGACGAGGUGUCUAGGAGGAACGGCGUGCUGUUCGCCAACCACACCAAUCACGUUAACGGGGACCACCGGGGUUCUGUCACCCAGCGGCCCCUCCAGGUCCCGCCUCCUUCCUGCCAUGCAUUCGUGGAGCCCUCUCAGGUUGGCUCUGAGGAAGGGGCUGGUGACCCCCACCCCUACAACCACUACUACCCCAAAUCCCCCAUGUCCUCCAACGCCAACCUCAACAACGCCAACAUCCCCACCCUGCCCUCCCUGACCAAAGGGGGGCAGCGGUGCUGUCUCCGCCGAGAGGACUCGUCCGCUAAUGGGGCACCCUCUUCCAGCUCGCACCGCAAGAGUGUUGACUUCGACACCCUCACCACGGUCCAGUCUGCAAGGAGGCUCUACUAUGAGACCUACAUUAGGUCAGAAUCAGGGGGUGUUCUGUACCCAACCAUCCGUAGAGAGAAGCCAGGGGGAGCGGACAGUGAUGAUGACAAGGGCUCAGGAGAAUACUUCAGUGGAGAGGAGUACCAGGAGGACGACCUCAUGUUGCACAAGGACAGGAUGCCCCAUAGGGAGUUUCAAGACCUUCAAACUGACUUGGACACAAAUGCAUCGAGGGGUUACCAUCAACCAGAUAGUCUCUAUGACGACGACCAACAACCCAUUUACCAAGAUGGUGGGCGGUCGCCAAAGCGACGGUUGUUCCCCUCUACACCCCAGGCACCCCACAGACCCUCCUUCAACUUUGAGUGUCUGCGGAGACAUAGCAGUCAGGAUGAUGACAUCCCCUUGACCCCUUCCGUUCCCCAUCGAACAGCUCUACCCCUGCAUCUGAUGCAGCAACAGGUGAUGGCAGUGGCUGGCCUGGACUCCAGUAGAGUCCAGCGUCUCUCUCCAUCACGCUCUCUACGUUCCUGGGCCACGCCCCCCACCUCCCCCAUUAGCAGGGACCACUCCCCAUACUACACCCCCCUCAUCCAGGUGGACUGGCGUGGUCCCGGGAGUGUGAGCAGCACCCCUGGCUCUGUGAGAAGAAGCUCCUGGUACACUGACGCCCCGGAAGCCCCCUUGAGCCUCACCUACUCCCCCUCACAGCUCCAGAUCCCCCCAGAGUACCGCAGGCAGUACCACCAGAAGAUAGGCAGUGCCAACAGCCUAGUAGAGGCCGUGUUGAUUUCAGAAGGACUGGGGAAAUACGCCAAGGACCCCAAAUUUGUGGCGGCGACGAAGCAUGAGAUCGCAGACGCCUGCGAGAUGACCAUCGAUGAGAUGGAGAGUGCCGCCAGCAACCUGCUGAAUGGCAGUAUGGGUAAUGGAGCGGGGGAAACCGGGGCCACGGACAAAGUGAUGGCCACGAACCUCAGGGACCGUAAUCUCCAUGACUACAGUGAUGAGGAGCCGGACACGAGUGUGAAAUGUGAAGAAGAUCUGACUGAUGAGAUGAUAUGCAUCAGCACCCUAUAGCAUUCAGUCACAUAGGCUGACAUGGCACCCUAUAGCAUUCAGUCACAUAGGCUGACAUGGC